AUGGCUUCUAGUUCGCGAUCAGAACUUACACUCUUUGAACGUGGAGAAAUAGUUGGUGCUUGGAAAUGUGGGCUGAGUGAACCAAUAAUUGCAGCACAUCUAAAUAGAGCUCCGGCUACAGUUCAUAGAGUCAUAGUGGCAAAUCAUGACUGCCAACAAGAAAAACCUCCUACUCGAACAGGAAGACCUAAAAAGAUUACAUCAAGAGAUAAUCGUCACCUUCACGAGAUUGGUUUUCAUGGUCGAGUAGGAGUAAGAAAACCACUUGUAACUGAAAGGAAUCGGACCAAAAGACUGUGUUGGGCCAAGGAAAGACAAGGAUGGAGCAGUGAAUGGGAUUGCAUUAUUUGGAGUGAUGAGGUGAUGGUAGGAGGCGGGUAUGGAGAAGGCCUCAUGAAAGAUAUGAUGUAG